UUAAACUGAAUUAGCAGCUGCAGCUGGUUUAAGUUUCUAAAUUACACUCUUUGCUUCUCUUCCUGGUUUUUCUAGUGACAAAAUGGUGAAGCUAGCUUUUGGUAGCUUUGGUGACUCUUUUAGUGUUUGCUCCCUCAAGGCUUACAUAGCUGAGUUCAUUGCCACCCUUGUUUUUGUGUUUGCUGGUGUUGGAUCCGCAGUUGCUUACGGUAAGCUCACAGAUGCAUCCUUGGAUCCUGCGGGGCUAGUAGCGAUUGCCGUUGCCCAUGCAUUUGCGCUGUUUGUGGGGGUUUCCAUCGCUGCAAACAUCUCAGGUGGCCAUUUGAAUCCAGCUGUUACAUUUGGAUUGGCCAUCGGAGGCAACAUCACCAUCCUCACUGGCAUUUUCUAUUGGAUUGCCCAACUCUUGGGCUCCAUCGUUGCUAGCUUUCUCGUCAAGUUUGUUACUCAAUUGGAUGUUCCAACCCAUGCACUCGGUGCAGGAGUAGGUGCUAUUGAAGGUGUGGUGUUUGAGAUCAUCAUAACCUUUGCUCUCGUCUACACAGUCUAUGCUACAGCUGCAGACCCCAAGAAGGGUUCACUGGGAACCAUAGCGCCCAUAGCGAUCGGCUUCAUUGUUGGCGCUAACAUUCUCGCUGCUGGCCCCUUCAGCGGGGGCUCAAUGAAUCCGGCCCGAUCGUUCGGCCCAGCAGUGGCCAGCGGCAGCUAUUCAAAUAUUUGGAUCUACUGGGUCGGGCCACUUAUUGGUGGUGGGCUUGCCGGGCUAGUCUAUGGUGACAUUUUCAUUGCGUCCUAUGCCCCAGUCCCACAAUCUGAGGACUAUGCGUAAUUCAUUAGCUUUGUUCAUGUGAUUUGUGGUUUCUUCUCCUCUUAUUUGCUUCCCUGCUUAUGCUUUC